AUGACAGUCUCCCUGCAAAAUGGCGCUUCUUACCCAAGCGACAUCGAGACGCGGUUGUUCAUCAACAACGAGUUUGUCCCUUCUCAGAGUGGCAAGAAGUUCGACGUGAUCAAUCCGGCUACAGAAAAGGUGACGGCAUCGAUAUCUGAAGCCGACGCAGCAGACGUCGACGCCGCCGUGCGAGCCGCAAAGACUGCAUUUCCCGCAUGGUCGGCGCUCAGUGGAUUCCAACGUGCAGCCUAUUUCUACAAGUUGGCCGAUCUCGUCGAGAGCAGCAAUGGUGAAUUUGCGAAGCUAGAGGCCGUGAGCAUGGGCAAACCGGUGGGAAAAUAUACCGAGGGCACGAACAUGGCCCGCUUCAUCAGAUACAUGGCCGGCAAGGCGGCCGAUGUCAAGGGAGAAUCGUCGCUUCAGACGCCCAACUUUGUCAAUUUCACCUUCCGGCAACCUUACGGCGUGUGUGCAGCCAUCACCCCGUGGAAUGCCCCCGUCACGGAAUUGUUCUUCAAGGUCGCCCCUGCGGUGCUAGCAGGGAAUACUAUCGUGGUUAAAUCGUCAGAAAAGGCACCCCUGACGAGCCUCCUAGUCGCAAAAUUAUGCCGGGAAGCUGGUAUACCCGCUGGGGUGAUUAACGUGCUGAGUGGAACGGGCCCGAUCUGCGGCGCCGCGAUAGCCUCACACAUGGAGAUUCGAAAGAUUUCCUUUACGGGGUCCGCGAGGACGGGGAGAGCCAUUAAGAAAGCCGCGCUGGAAUCGAAUUUGAAGCACGUCACGCUCGAACUAGGUGGCAAGAGUCCCCUGAUCAUCUUCGAGGACGCGGACCUCGACAGGGCCGCCAGCGCCGCCGCCUUUUCGAUCCUUUACAACUCCGGUCAGGUGUGUAUUGCGAGUACCCGAAUCUACGUGCACGCGUCUAUCCUCGAGCGGUUCUGCCAACUUCUCGUCGCGGCCGUGAGGAAACAGGGUGGAAACCCCUCGGAAGGGAACGACCCGUUGGCGUCCACCACAGUCCGAGGCCCCCAAGCAGACAAGGGCCAAUUCGAGAGCAUCAUGACAUACAUCGCCGGGUCACGCAAGGCGGGUGAUCAGAUCCUCGUAGGCGGGGACCGCGAAGGCGAUCGAGGGUUCUACAUACAGCCCACCAUCAUCUUCGAACCCGACGAGCACAGUGCCGUCAUGCGGGAGGAGAUUUUCGGUCCCGUGGCGUGCGUCCGCAGUUUCCAGACCGAGGAAGAGGUGCUCCGCCUCGCCAACGACACCGAGUACGGUCUGUACGCGAGUGCCUUCACGCGCGACCUGUCGCGGGCCAUGCGCAUGGCGCGGGGGUUGGAGUCCGGCACCGUUGGUCUCAACUGUACCAGUCCGAUGAUGACGCUGGAUAUGCCUUUUGGAGGCAUCAAGCAGAGCGGCGAGGGGAGAGAGAACGGUCAGCACGCUCUGGACGAUUGGACCGAGCUGAAGACGGUUUAUGUCGGGUUGUGA